AUGCAACUAUUACGAUUCCUAGUUGCGCUCGCCGUCGUGCUAUUCUCCGUCGUCGUCAUUGCCGCAGAAGAUUACUACAAGGUCCUAGGACUAGCAAAGUCAGCCUCAGAAAAGGAUAUCAAGAAGGCAUACCGAACCCUGAGCAAGAAAUACCACCCCGAUAAGAACCCCGGCGACGACUCAGCCCGCGAGAAGUUCGUCGAAAUCGCCGACGCAUACGACGUCCUGUCAACAAGCACCCUCCGCAAAGUCUACGACCAAUAUGGCCACGAAGGCGUAGAACAACACCGCAAAGGCGAAACAGCCGGCGGAAGCCACGACCCGUUCGAUCUAUUCUCACGCUUCUUCGGCGGCGGCGGACACUCCGGCCACGCACCCGGCCACCGACGCGGACCAGACAUGGAAGUACGCGCGGCGCUACCACUGCGUGAUUUCUACACAGGUCGGGAAAUCAACUUCCUCGUCGAGAAGCAGCAGAUCUGCGAUUCGUGCGAGGGUACAGGAUCGAAGGACCAGGAAGUUCAUACCUGUGACCGGUGUUCUGGGCGCGGGAUGGUAAUCCAGAAACACAUGCUUGCGCCUGGUAUGUUCCAGCAGGUUCAGAUGGCUUGUGAUGCGUGUGGAGGGAAGGGAAAGAAGAUUAAGAAUCCUUGUCCUGUUUGUGCGGGUAAUCGGGUUGUGCGGAAGGAGAUUGAGACCAGUGCUAGUAUUGAGCCUGGGAUGGAUAAGGGGACGAGACUUGUAUUUGAGAAUGAGGGUGAUGAAAGUCCCGAUUGGAUUGCUGGAGAUUUGAUUGUUAUUCUUGAUGAGAAGGAGGCUGAGAUGGGGCAGACGGAUGAGGAGCGCACUGAUGGUACUUUCUUCCGGAGGAAGGGGAGGGAUUUGUUCUGGAAGGAGACGCUUAGUUUGAGAGAGGCCUGGAUGGGUGAGUGGACUCGGGAUGUUACGCACCUCGAUGGGCAUGUUGUGAGACUUGGACGGGGUCGUGGUCAGGUUGUUCAGCCUUUGGCUGUUGAGACUGUUCAGGGGGAGGGUAUGCCUUAUUACUCUGAUGGUCAUUUGCAUGACCACCAUGAGGGCAAUGAUGAGCCUGGCAAUCUUUAUGUCGAGUAUACUGUUGUUCUACCGGAUCAGAUGGAGAGUGGGAUGGAGAAGGACUUCCAUUCGCUUUGGGAGAAGUGGCGCAAGAAGGUUGGUGUUGAUUUGGCUAAGGAUAGUGGGCGACCUGUUUACUCUCCUGAGGGCAAGGAUGAGUUGUGA